CUGUCUAGUCGCUGGAAAAGAGGCGCGAGGAGUGGGAGUGCGGUGCCAUCGUUUCUGAUUUAUACAUAUGUAUAUCCAACCGAUUCCGAGUCCGGCCCGGUCCCAUCCCAACCCAUCCCAUCCCUAGCCAUCGCACCGCAUCGCAUCCGAUUCCAUACCAUCCACUGGGUGUGUGGGUUGAUUCUCGUGAUCAUUUCGCGCUGGAUGCCUCGGCGAGGGGCUGUCACCGUUCAGUUGUGCGCUGGCCGAGCAGCGAGUAACAUCCGGUCCAACGAUCCGAUCCGAUCCGAUUCGAUCCUAUCCGAUCCGAUCCGAUCCGCAACCCAGCCCAUGGAUAGCUGAUCGAUCCGUGUGUACUGUGUGGGAAGUGUGUGUGCGCCGAUCGAUUGGUUUUCUUUUUUGUUUUGGUGAAUUGGUGUAGUUGGUGUGCCCUGGUGAACACUUGUUGGCCGACCCAAAGAGAAAGAGAGCGAGCGAGUGAGAGAGAGAGAGAGAGAGAGGGAGAGUGUGUGCGAGCGGGAAAGCGAGAGCGUGCGAGAAGGAGAAAGAGAAAGCGGCAGAGGACCGCGCCGAGCAAUGGAGGUGCUGAAGAAGGACGCCGCCCUGGGCUCGCCCAGCAACGUCUUCUACUUCCUGCUGCUGCCCACCCUGGUGCUGUGGUACAUCUACUGGCGGCUAUCGCGGGCCCACCUGUACAGGUUGGCCGGACGACUGCCGGGACCCCGGGGCCUGCCCAUCGUGGGCCACCUGUUCGACGUGAUUGGACCCGCUUCAUCUGUUUUCCGAACAGUGAUCCGCAAGAGCGCCCCCUUCGAGCACAUAGCCAAGAUGUGGAUCGGUCCCAAGCUGGUGGUCUUCAUCUACGACCCGCGGGACGUGGAGCUGCUGCUCAGCAGCCACGUCUACAUCGACAAGGCCUCCGAGUACAAGUUCUUCAAGCCCUGGCUGGGCGACGGACUGCUGAUCAGCACAGGUCAAAAGUGGCGAUCGCACCGCAAGCUGAUCGCACCCACAUUCCAUCUGAACGUCUUGAAGAGCUUCAUCGAGCUGUUCAACGAGAACUCGCGGAAUGUGGUGAGGAAACUGCGUGCGGAGGAUGGACGCACGUUUGAUUGCCAUGAUUACAUGAGCGAGGCAACCGUGGAGAUUCUAUUGGAGACUGCGAUGGGCGUGUCGAAGAAAACGCAGGACAAGUCGGGAUUCGAGUACGCGAUGGCCGUGAUGCGGAUGUGCGACAUCCUGCACGCCCGCCACCGCAGCAUCUUUCUGCGCAACGAGUUCGUGUUCACCCUGACGCGGUACUACAAGGAGCAGGGUCGCCUGCUGAACAUCAUCCACGGCCUGACCACCAAGGUGAUCCGCAGCAAGAAGGCGGCCUUCGAGCAGGGCACCCGUGGCUCCCUCGCCCAGUGCGAACUGAAGGCAGCCGCCUUGGAGCGGGAACAAGGCAGCGAGGACAAGGACAAGGACAGGAAGAAGGAUACGGACAAGGAUAAGGAGAAGGAGAAGGCCACCCCGGUGGCGGGACUGUCUUAUGGCCAGUCGGCUGGCCUCAAGGAUGACCUGGAUGUGGAGGACAACGACAUUGGCGAGAAGAAGCGGCUGGCAUUCCUCGAUCUGAUGCUCGAAAGCGCCCAGAAUGGGGCACUGAUAACGGACACGGAGAUCAAGGAGCAGGUGGACACCAUCAUGUUCGAAGGACACGACACCACGGCAGCCGGCUCCUCGUUCUUCCUCUCGCUGAUGGGCAUCCACCAGGACAUCCAGGAUCGCGUGCUGGCCGAACUCGACUCCAUUUUCGGCGACUCACAGCGACCGGCCACGUUUCAGGACACACUGGAGAUGAAGUAUCUGGAGCGGUGUCUGAUGGAGACGCUGCGCAUGUACCCACCCGUUCCACUGAUCGCCCGCGAGCUGCAGGAGGACCUCAAGCUGAACUCGGGCAACUACGUGAUCCCCAGGGGCGCCACGGUGACGGUGGCCACCGUCCUGCUCCAUCGCAAUCCGAAGGUCUACGCCAAUCCCAACGUCUUCGAUCCGGACAACUUCCUGCCGGAACGGCAGGCCAAUCGCCACUACUAUGCAUUCGUGCCCUUCUCUGCGGGACCACGCAGCUGUGUGGGGCGCAAGUACGCGAUGCUCAAGCUGAAGAUCCUCCUGUCGACCAUUUUGCGGAACUACCGUGUCUACUCGGACCUGACCGAAUCGGAUUUUAAGCUGCAGGCGGACAUCAUACUGAAGCGGGAGGAGGGAUUCCGCGUGCGCCUGCAGCCGCGGACCAGUUGAACCCGGUGACCAGGUGGAGCAGGCGGAGCAGCACACCGUACACCGUACACCGUACACAAUAAGCUACACAGAACGGACACUUAUCCAUACAUAUAUCUCCACUUGUUGGCAAGUGAUAGUCACCGGUUUAUACAGUAAUAUUGAUAAUAUUAAAUAAUAAAUGUGCUCCCACACUCGAUUUAUUGAA